AUGGAUUCUGACGGGCUAGAUCCUUUUUCCAGCGAGAGCCUAUGGAGACUUUCAAAAUUCAGUCUAGAGGCUCUGCAACCACUGGAGACUCUACCGUGGAACACAGACUUGCCUGAUGUUUCGGGCUCUCUUAUCCAUCAGAGUACAAAUACACAUGACAAAAUCGAUCCGAUAUGGACUUUGAACUUGUUUGCUACCAACUGCGAGUCGCUUGAGUUGGCGCCCGCUUCGAUUCUCGAGGAAGAGAAUAUAUGGGACAUUGAUCUGCUGCAGGAGGAAUCUGGUCAUGUUGCGCCGCUCAAAUCAUGGGAGAGAUACCAAGAUCGGUCCUUCCAGGAACCUGUGUCAGCAUAUUUCAGCGAAUCGGGCGCCAAAGGCUUUGACGCAGCACUUGCACGACAAAGUACUCAGGGCCGUGAUAUUGCUGGCCGCCUAGUUCGAGACGAUGUCUUUAUUCGAUCACUGUUACGGCUUGGGUUAGGCUGGAGCUCUGUAUUCUUCCGUUUCAAUCAGAAGAAGAUGGCUUUCGAGCGCUUCGUGGAGGACAUUCGUGUCUCUGGUGUCAGCUUGAAAGUUUUGGAUGCUGCAAUUACACAAAUACUGCAAUGCGGCACCGAUAUGCAGCGAGUACGAGCGUUUGUUAGCACUCCGCCGACCAAAUUCGGGGACAUUUCUGCUAAAUUCACCCUGCGUGGUACCGUCGCUGUUAUAAUCUACAAUCUUGAGCGACAGAUUCUUGCUCAUUCCAGACAAGUAGUGUCCCUCUUGCAAGUCACAGCCUUGUUCAGUCGAUGCGCGGACUUGAUAGGCGCCCUGGCUGAGUUCGUCGAUGCAGUGGAGAAAGCCGUUACAGAUGCUAAAGUGAUUUCGGGUGUUAUCCAAUGGGCCGCCUUUGUCGCGCAGAAGUUUGCGUGGAUGGAGAAUCUCGCGCAUGAAGUUGUGGUCCAAGUCACGGCACCGUGGUUUAGUUUCAUGGAGGGCUGGAUCGGCCUUCGCCCUGAGGAAUCAGCGCUCAAUGAAUUGCUAGCGAGUGGCCGAACAUUCAUCAAGGAAGAACUUCAUGAGGAUCCUGGCAGGUUCAAGUCGGCACCUUCACGGGUUGAGUACAUCUACGAUGGAUCCCACAUGCCGUCUUUUAUACCCGAAGACCAAGCGCGGUCUAUAUUCGAGAGCGGAAGGAGUCUGCGUCUCCUCAAGAAAUCCCACCCUCAACAUCCCAUUGCGCGUCGUGAUGUUCUCGCUCGGACGGGCCAACUCCGCCUCGAAUAUGCGACGAGCUGGGCAGAUAUUGAGCGAAUACAAAAAAGAGCACUCGAAUACGAGUCCAGCCUUCGUGCUGAGAUUCUGAGGUAUCACAGAGGCGAUUCGACUGCUCAGCCGGAAAUGUUUGAUUCCACCCAUGAUACUAGCGAAUCGAGUUCAAAUGAAAUCGUUGAGAACACUUUUGAGCUAUUUGACAUUGAUGAUGAGAAGCAUGUUUCCGGGUCUGUCAUGGACGGCAAGACUCUUUCCAACGACAAAGUUAGCCAGAUGCUUCAGAAAGCCAGGGACCCCUGUCCUGACUCUAUCUCCUUUGGCGAUCGAUUCGGGCCAGAGCUGGCAUCAAGCCUCUAUCUCUCACUUGCUCCGAUUAUCUCUUCUCAGGCUCAACUUAUCGAUUUCUCUUGCCUUCACCACCUGUUUAAAGAGCACGACGUUCGGCACCAUUUGAACCUUCAAUGGCGAUUCCAGCUAUUGGGAGAUGGUUCAUUUGCCUCGCGUCUUUCGAAUUCUUUAUUUGAUCCUGAAAUGGACAGCGGCGAGCGGAAGGCUGGGAAGGUCCGGGGUGGUGUACACACUGGAUUGCGCCUAGGCAAUCGUGAUACCUGGCCACCAGCAAGCUCAGAGCUGCGACUGGUUCUUAUUGGAAUUCUUGGAGAUUGCUAUUUCUCCGAUGCGGAGCCCGAGCAACCCGACAAUGCGCAACAAGAAAGGGAGAAUGAGCUUCCCGGUGGUCUGAAUUUCUCGAUCCGAGAAUUGACAAAUGAAGAAAUCAAACGUUGCAAAGAUCCAAAUGCCAUAGAGGCACUGGAUUUCCUCCGUCUACAGUACAAACCCCCAGAGACCCUUGAAGCUCUCAUUACCUCACGCUCUUUGAAGAAGUAUGACCGUCUCUUCAAGCAACUGCUCCGCCUACUUCGUAUGGUAUCAGUUGUCAAAGGACUCGUUCGCGACUCUACCUCUCGAGAAUCCCUCACAGGGGAUAUCCGAAAUGUGUUCCAGAGGUUUCGAAUUGACGCCCAGCACUUCGUUCUCGCAGUCAGCGACUAUUGUUUCCACGUCGGCAUCGGAUCCAUUUGGACCAACUUUCAAAAAACCUUGUCGAGAAUCGAACGCUGUCUUGAUCGGGGCGAUAUUGACGGCACCAUCGAAGCCGCUCAUUCCGUGCCGCGCCUCCGCGACUAUCACGAAGAUGUCCUCGACCAAAUGCUGUUUGCUCUCCUCCUGAGCAAACGACAUGCACAGGCUGCGAAGUUGCUAGAAAACAUCUUUAGCGUCAUCCUCGCGUUCAGUUCUCUAUCCAAGGCGGAGGGGGUGAGUGGCCUCCGCCAUGAGAAUGAAGGUGCUGCUCUUCAUUUGUAUUCUACUUUCCGGAAACAGGCCUCGGCCUUCGUGGGAUACCUUCGUAGCUUGGACCCGGGGAACUCUUCUGCUAAAAUCAUGGCAAAAUCGGGAGCGGCCUUUUCAUUGCAGAAUGAGCCGAUGAGCGUGUUUGAACAUCUCCGAGUGCGCUUAGAUGUGAGGGAGUACUAUUAA